UUCACAGACGCAGAUUUCCUUCAAUAUGAGCUAUUGAACCAAUCAAGUUUUGUUUUAACAAAAAUAUAAUUUUACACAAGAAGCCACAAGAUGUUAUCCUACUUGUUUUGUUUUCCACAUAUUCACAUUUGUGAUAAAAUAGUCGCCUGUGUUUGGGAUCGCAGGCGAGAGCAAGAGAUCUGUGUUUGCAUAUGAUGUGGGUCAAUAUGUUUGCAUAGUACAAAGUCAGCCCAGCAGUUGGCCAUGCGGGGUCUGUGUUUGGGAUCGUAGGCCCAAACGAUCUCCCUGAUAGGAAAUGAAUGGUGAAUCAAAGGUGUUGGACAUCUUUUCGCGUUGAUUUGAUGAUAAUCGGCGUGGAUUCAACGUCCCUUUGCUAUCAUCAGGGCUGUGUUUGCAUGUAGCGUGGGUCAAUAUGUGUUUGCAUAUAGUGUGGGUCAAUAUGUCCACUGUUUGCAGUAGACCUACAGAGGGUAGCCGACAGGGAGUGACUAAGGGGUCACUUGUCCCAGGCCCAUGGAGAGAGGGGGCCCAGAAAUGGAUCCUCUUUGCAUUGUAUUGAUUGGGUGUGAGUGGGGCCCGUUCAGAUGUCUUUACCUCGGGCAGCCAAAGCUGUUAGCGGUCCUGGGCCUACAGACAGACCAGCAGCAGGAUGGCGUCUGUGCACAGCAGAUAUGGUGCUGUGGGUGAUGCUGAUAUGAUGCAGCUAUGAAAACAUGCAGCUGAACACAACACGGCUUCACUGACCACCAACGUGUUAAUAGAUUUGUCAACCAGAAAUAUAUUGCCUGGAGAAAAACACUUGGGGGACCAUUCGUAAGGUUAAGGGACUGGCUUGAGCCAUAGCCCAGCCAUGGGAUAUUAUUCAUUUCACCUGCAGAAGUAUUGAGGAGUCCUCCUGAGCGGUGGACUCUGUGUGUGUGAAGCACCAGUGACUUGCCAAUGGCCCAAGGUAAACAUGCCAACUCGGACUCGUCCACAUGUGUCCUAACAACUGCCGGUUCAAACGAUCUGCAGCAGGAACCGCCAGAGCGGCCUUUGGACGACAGCGGCGACGCCGCAGCAGGGCUGACGCGGGGCCUCAUGGGGCAUGUCUACAACAACAACUCGGACUUCAAGACCCCCUCCUCAGGGAGGCUGACACGGGUGGCCGAUAAAGCCAAACAGAAGUGUGCCGCCUAUGUCCUAGCUCUGCGCCCGUGGAGCUUCAGCGCCUCCCUGACGCCGGUCGUGCUGGGCAGUGCCUUGGCGUAUAAACUCGAGGGCAAAGUGGACCUGCUGGUCCUGCUGGUGUGCGCGGUGGCUGUGCUCGUGGUGCACGGCGCCGGCAACCUGGUCAACACGUACUACGACUUCUCCAAGGGCAUCGACCACAAGAAGAGCGACGACCGCACCUUGGUGGAUCAGAUCCUGGAGCCGCAGGACGUGGUGAUGUUCGGGGCGGUGUUGUACUCCGUGGGCUGCCUGUGUGCCACGCUCCUCUUCUUCCUCUCCACGCUCAGGCUGGAGCACCUCGCCCUCAUCUACUUUGGUGGCCUGUCCAGCUCCUUCCUGUACACAGGAGGAAUUGGUUUCAAGUACGUGGCCCUGGGAGACGUGGUGAUCCUGAUCACCUUCGGCCCUCUGGCGGUGAUGUUCGCCCACGCCGUGCAGGUGGGCUACCUGUCCGUGUUGCCCCUGGUCUACGCCGUGCCCCUGGCCCUCAACACCGAGGCCAUCCUGCACAGCAACAACACGCGAGACAUGGACUCGGAUAAGCAAGCGGGCAUCGUGACGCUCGCCAUCCUGGUGGGCCCCACGCUCUCCUACGUCAUCUACAACCUCCUGCUCUUCGUCCCCUACGUCCUCUUCUGCAUCCUGGCCACGCAUUACACCAUCAGUAUGGCGCUGCCCCUGCUGACGUUACCCAUGGCAUUUCCGCUAGAGAGACAGUUUCGCAGCCAGUGUUACUCCAAGAUCCCCCAGAAGACAGCCAAGCUGAACUUGCUCAUGGGGCUCUUCUACGUCUUUGGAAUAAUCCUGGCUCCACAGGGCAGCUUGCCAUUACUGUGAUGAAAAGUGUUUAAUUAAGGACUUCUGGGGUGAGUUUCUCAAAAGAGAAGUUGUUAGCCUGUUAGCAACUUCGGUAGUUGGCAAUGGGAAAAUGCAUUGAAAACAGCAAAGUAGCUACUGUAGUUAGCAACUUUGGUUUUGAGAAAUUCACCCCUGGUGUGUGCAUUUCUCGAAACUAAAGUUGCUAACUAGGUUAGCUACUUUGUCGUUGCUUGCGAUGCGAUUUCCCGUUGGCUACCCAACUACCCAAGUUGCUAACUGGCUAGCAGCUAUGCUUUCGAGAAACGUACCCCUGUUUUGUUGUUGUUGUUGUUGGCUACUUUUAUUUUGAUGUAAAAUCAUUUCACCGCAUCGUUUUUCUAAUUUAUGUUUUUAUUAUUUUAUUUUUUUUGUUUCCUAGAGAUAUUUCAAAAGUAGGCUUAUUUGCAUUUAUAUUAAAUGAUUUAUCAGCGAGGUUGUGAAGGUUUGUACAUUCUGGCUUGCUUUUUUUGUACGUCAAGAAGGAAGAUGCAGUCCUGUAGGUUACUCUAAAAUAUUUUUUGCUACCUCUGUAUUUCUUUUUUAAAGCGUGAGCUAUAAAAAAAACAAACAGCCAUUAAUUAAUGGAAGGAGGCCCAUGCUGCCACGUUUGCAUCAUUGUUGGGAGAGAAAAGCUCUCAGAUCUGUCAGCCGUUGAAUUCUUCAGAUCUGGUAAUGUUUUCGUUCAUUGUUGAUGCCAUAAAGAUUAAAUUGUGCCUUCAAAAUGAAAUACUUGUUUGUUUGUG